AUGAAGUUCUCCGCUCUCGCCCUCGCUGCCCUCUCGCAGGUCGCCUCUGCCCACUACUUCUUCGACGUCAGCGCUCUCAACGGUGCCGAGUCCAAGUCCUUCCAGUACAUCCGUGACUUCACCCGUCCCACCAAGUACAACCCCAUCAAGUUCUCCUCCAACCCUUCCGCCGACAUCCGCGACAACUCCUUCGCUGAUGGUGAGGACAUCAUCUGCAACCAGGGUGCCACCGGAACCGGUGGUAACACUGAGGUCCUCGAGGUCAAGGGCGGCGACGUCAUGACCUUCAAGCUCGCUGUCGGCGCCAAGAUGGGUCACCCCGGACCUACUCUGGCCUACAUGUCCAACGCUGGUAGCGACGUCAAGUCGUACAAGGGUGACGGUGACUGGUUCAAGAUCAUGGAGGAGGGUGUCUGCAACGCCGGUGGUGACUUCACCAAGGACGCCUGGUGCAACUACGACGCCACCUCUUUCGACGUCAAGAUCCCCCAGGGUACCCCCAACGGCGAGUACCUCCUCCGAGUUGAGCACAUCGGUGUCCACCGAUCUCACGUCAACCAGCCCGAGCACUACGUCUCUUGCGCUCAGGUCAAGGUUACCGGUGGCUCCGACGGCACUGUCGACGCCGAGAUGGUCAAGUUCCCCGGUGCCUACAAGGACACCGAUGAGUACGCCAACUUCUCCAUCUACAACGGUGCCAAGGCCUUCCCCAUGCCCGGCCCCCAGGUCUGGGACGGUUCCACUUCCGCUGGUGGCUCUACUGGUGGCAACACUGGCAACACCGGUGGUAGCACCGAGACCCCUGCCGCUGGCAACACUGAGGCUCCCGCUUCUACCCCCGCUCCCGAGGCCGGUAAUGGUCAGCAGAACGGUGGUGAGCAGGCCCAGCCUGAGACUGGCAACAACAACGGCCAGAACGGUGGCUUCAACCAGCAGUUCCAGGGACAGGCUGGUUCAACCGGCUCUCCUUGCUCCGCUUAA